GUACGCGGAGUGCAUUAUUGUCAAUCCAAUUGUCAAUUUAGCUUCUGAAUUUAAAAAUUAUUGAGGUAAAGAUUUGAGAUAUAGCUUAUUGUUUUGGUUGCGGUAUACACUGGAAAGGAAUCUCAAGAAAUUUAUUAAAAAAUGGCACCUAAGUUGAAGUUCGCAGAGGGGGAAAAGGUGUUAUGUUUUCACGGUCCUCUUAUUUACGAGGCAAAAUGUCUCAAAAGUUCCGUGACGAAAGACAAACAUGUUCGUUAUUUAAUUCAUUACGCGGGCUGGAACAAAAAUUGGGAUGAAUGGGUUCCAGAGAGUCGAGUUCUAAAAUACAAUGAAGCCAAUGUUCAGAGACAGAAGGAAGUGCAAAAAGCUCACUCAGUACAGCCUGUUAAAAGCAAAAAAACUACUGCCAAAGGUCGUAAGUCAGAGACUGCGGCCAGUACAACACCAGCGAGAGAAGAAUCCAGAGCUUCAACUCCAGCUGGAAAAGAAACAGAGACUACUCCCGCACCUGCAAAAGCUACGAAAACACAGAGCAAAGACACCGCUGUUGACUCCGGAUCUGAUCAACCUAAGAAAAAACGUGGACGUCUCGAUCUAUCUAUCGAGUCGGAAGAACAGUACCUUGCAAAAGUGGAAGUUAAGAUCAAAAUACCUGAAGAAUUAAAAGUAUGGCUCGUAGAUGACUGGGAUGUGAUAACUAGACAACAAAAAUUAGCCAUUCUACCUGCAAAAUUGACCGUUAAACAAAUAUUAGACAACUAUUUAGCUUUUAAAAAAUCCAGUAAAUCUCACAAUACUGCCAAACAUUCAGUAUUAUUAGAAAUAACUGAAGGUAUAAAAGAAUAUUUUAAUGCAACACUCGGUUCACAAUUGCUAUAUAAAUUUGAACGACCACAAUAUAGUGAAAUUUUACAAGAAUAUCCCGAUACUCCGAUGUCACAAAUUUAUGGUUCAAUACAUUUAUUGAGACUGUUUGUCAAAAUGGGACCAAUGUUAGCGUAUACAGCAACCGAUGAGAAGUCUUUGCAAUUAGUUUUAAGUCAUAUACACGAGUUAUUGAAAUAUAUGGUAACUAAUCGGUCGACUCUAUUCAAUUUGCAAGACUAUGGUAAUGCUACUCCGGAAUAUCAUAGAAAAGUUCAGUGACUAUUUGGGAAAAUGUUUUAAUUUUAUUAAUAUAUUGAUUAACGGCUUAAAUUACGUCAAUUUUAAUUUGUUUAAAAUAUAAAUACUGUUCGCCAGCAAAUUUGAGCAGUUCAGUUCAGUUUUCAGCGCAGAAUUAAG